AUGAAGCGAUCGCGGAAAAUCGGAGACAUGCCACCUGUGUAUCCCAACGGUUUGAAUCUGGCUGUGUUUCGUGGGGAGAGCGGCCGGGCUUACAUCGUAGAUGCCUACUGCCCUCACCUGGGCGCUAAUCUGGCAGUUGGGGGGAAAGUGACCGGGGAGUGUAUAGAAUGUCCGUUUCACGGCUGGACGUACCAAGGAGAGGACGGCAAGUGUGUUAAGAUCGGCUAUGCAGAAAAAGUGCCAGACUUUGUCAAGGUUCCAACCUACCGGUCUUUGGAGAUUAACAAUUUGAUCCUGCUGUGGUACCACGCUGAGGGAGAAGAGCCGUCCUGGUACCCGCCCGAGGUGGAGAAAAUCAAGAGUGGGGAGCUGAUGUUAGACGGUACCUGGGAGGUUUACCUAGACUGCCACAUCCAGGAUGUUGUGGAAAAUGGUGGUGAUGCGACACACUUGGAUUAUGUCCACGGACCGCAAAUCUUCCCCAAGAAUUUCAUCAAUGUGAAAUGGGAGGUUCAUUCGACCAAGAAGCACGUCUCCAUCUCAGACUCGCAGACGUUACCUUUCUACUCCUCCAAGCCCUUUGUGAGGAACAUCCAGGAACAGUAUGGGCCCGGUCUCUCCUACGUUUUCGGCAACGAAUUCCUUCUGGUGGGCGCUGUGCCUGUGGGACCACUGAGACAAAAGAUAGUGUUUUCGCAGUACUCGCGUUCCACGUCUGUCUUUGGCAUCUUUCGUAGACUCUUCAUGAAACUCCUGCUGUACUGGACGUAUGUGGUCAUUAAAGGAGACGUAUUCAUCUGGGCCAACAAGACCUACAAGAAAACUCCUCAACUCGUGAAAGAGGACAAAUUCCUCCUGGGGCAUCGCCGCUGGUUCUCCCAGUUCUACACCGAGCACAGCCCGCGAUACAACCCGCCAGAUCCUCUGCAGUGGUAAAUGCCGUUGGCGAGGAAAGGAAAGCGAAAAAAACCUAGCGCCUAAUGCGACUACCCAACGCUGGUUAAUAAACCAGGCUCGUAAAGCGAAAUGACGAAAUGGCUCCCGCAGCAAUCUGCAGGGUCGCUCAUAGGAAACAUGAGGGGACGAUAAGGCUCAAGCUGGCUUGCAUGGAGUGUCGGGAGUCGGGGGUCAACCCCCCCCCCAUUGGUUAGUUUUUGUUGACAACAUAAAAAACAAAGAACAGAGAAUGAAGAUGAACAGUACACUAGUUUUGCGUGACGGUCCGUCGGCAAAUUUCAUGUGGCACCCCCACUCAAAAUGAUCUGGUGACGCCCCUGAUUCGGGUAAGGGAAAUAUGCUAUAUGGAGGGUUCAUUGUUCUAUUCUUUGAUCUUUGUCGUUUCCCUUGUUCUGCCUGAACAAGUAGUCUUUGAAAUUAUUUGUCAUUAAUUUAUCUGAAAAACAUGCUGGACGUUAAGCCCCUCCAUAUCAUAUAAUACGAUUAUAUUACUUUCAUAUUUUGGUUAUUGGCGUUGUGUCAUACAAGCCUCGUUUAUUGACUGCAGUGGGUUGUCUGAUCGGGUGCACCUGUGGCGUGUUCUUUGGGAGACGGUACAGGUUCAGAAAGGUGCCAUUAAUUAAAUCAUAAUGAAGUGAGAUUAAGACAACUGAAAAUUAUCCUAAGGGUGUCGACAUCUAAUAUUUCAAAUGACUCCAUCCGUAGAUACACAACGUUUAGACGUAUGGCAAAAUCCCGUUCUCAUGGGACUCACUGUCAUCACUAUACGCAAAAUAUUAUUUCCCGGCUACCUUUUCAAGGGAUGACUCCAGGUUCACAGCUAUUUUGAAAUAACAAACCAUAAAUUAAGGACAGGGGAAACAUGAA